UCUUCAAUUCAAUUACACAUAACUUUACUUGUAAAGCGAACCAACACGAAUGGAAGUACAUAAUCAAGACAAUAAUCAAGCUAGCGAAGGCAAGAAGCCAAAGCAUUUGAAAAAUAAGCCACUAAAAUCUCAAGAAGAUUUUAUUGAUUUUAAAAUCUUCAAAAUCCUAAAAUCAGAAGAUAGUUGUCCAAAACUAGUCGAAGGAGCGAUGGCUCAGGAUCAUGGAGAGAAGCUCUCAGCUGCGGGGAUAAGUCUCGAAGACAACCCACAACUACUCUUUGAACAGAACAUCUUCUCCCACGAAGUCAGUAUUGAGGCAUUUGAUGAAGAAAGGAAAGAGCAGGUGUCAGACUGUGAUAAGCUGAUCAUAUCUCAAAGGGAUGCAAUCAAGCUCUUCUCGAGAGAUCAGAACUACCUGAAAAUAAUUGAGGAGCAAGUCCACGAAGAAGGAUAUCUUUCUUGUUUCCUCCUUGAAAAUCAGAUUCUGCUGGCGAAGCCUGUUAAAGGAAACAUCUCUCAUAGCAGUUAUGGGUUGAAGAUUUUCCAAGGCAGUUCAGAAUCUGGACAGGAAGAUUAUGCUCUCCUAAUGCCUCUUAGCAUUAGGAGAGACCACAGGGUACUUGGAAAGAAGCAAGAAUUAUAUUUUCAACAUAGGCUCUCCCCAGGUAGCUGGUUUUUCUCUAAAGAAGGUUGCAUUGUCUACAAUAGCCUUAUGAAUAUGAUCAGAGAGCAAUACAAACUGAGAGGUUUUGACGAAGUAAUGAGUCCAAACUUGUUCAAUUUGGAGAUCUUUAAAAUUUCAGGACAUUAUCAAAACUAUAAAGAACACAUGUUUAUGUUAAAAGCUGAUGGGCAUGGCAUGGGCUUGAAACCCAUGAACUGCCCUGGGCACCACCUAAUCUUCAAAUCAAAGCUCAGGAGUUACAGAGAUCUCCCCAUGAGAUUAGCCGAGUUUGGGGUUCUUCACAGAAAUGAACUCUCUGGAGCCUUAUCUGGGCUCUCCAGAUGUAGAAAAUUUAUCUGUGACGAUAGCCAUAUUUACUGUAGAGAGGAACAAGUUGAGGAUGAAAUCCUUCAAAACUUAAACUUUGUAGACUACGUCUACAAAUUAUUUGGGUUAGAGUUCAAACUCUUCUUUUCCUCAAAGCCAGAGAAAUAUCUCGGAGACGACGAAGUUUGGGAGGAAGCAGAGAACAAAAUCAAGCAAGCUCUGAAUAACUCAGGGCUUCCAUGGGAGGAGAAUCCUGGAGAUGGAGCCUUCUAUGGGCCUAAGAUUGAUAUUGUCCUCUAUGAUUCAUUACAAAGAGCUCACCAAUGUGCAUCAAUCCAGUUAGACCUACAAGCUCCUAUUAGAUUCAAUCUCAUGUACAAAUCUGAAAGCCAGUCAAUGUCUGAAGAACCCAGUUCUAAUGAGAAAAGAGAAGGAAAAUACUAUGAUUUUGAGCCUGAUGAGUACGAUCCUUCCUCCUUUAGAUGGGAAGAACAACCUCUCAAGUCUGGCUUCAAGAGACCGGUGAUCAUCCACAGGGCCGUGCUAGGCUCUGUAGAAAGAUUUAUCAGUAUCCUCAUUGAACAUCUUGAUGGGAAAUGGCCUUUCUGGAUAUCCCCAAGACAAGCAAAGGUGGUGCCUAUCUCAGAAAAGUUUAAUGAGUAUGCUGAAAGAGUGCAGAAGGCACUUAAAAUGAAUGGAUUCCAUUCAGAAAUAGAUUCUUCUAACGCUAAAUUGCCUAAGAAGAUUAAAAAUGCUCAACUUGACCAAUGGAACUAUAUGCUCAUCAUUGGCCAGAAAGAAGUUGACGCUGAGAGUGUCAAUGUUAGAGCCAGAGACGGCUCUAGGCUUGGCGAGAUGAAGGUCGACGACCUUCUUGAGAAGUUUGAAGAGGAAAGAUCUAUUUUCCCAAAAUUCAAAUUCUCUUCUGAUUAAAGUUUGAUAGUUCAAGAUUAGAAUAA